UUCCAGACUGACUAAAUUCACAUUUUUUUAAUAUGAAAACAAAGGAAUACGUUAGGAUGACAAGCGCAAUGGGGGAGGGGAGACGCGCGUUCUCGCGCGGUUGUAAGAUGCGACAGCCCUGACGUCACCCGUUGCCAUGGAAGAAUCAGCCAAAGACGAAAAGAAGGGUGGCGCGAAGGGGCUCAUUGGGGAGGAGCGCGGCUUCCACAGAGGACAAGGACAAGGGACGCUCCUCUCGCUGGUCUGACUUCUAUCAAAAUGAGUGGCCUGGAUGGGGGCGAUAAGCUCCCUUGCGCUAAAAACCGUGACCUCGCUACUCCUGACCAUGCCGCGGGAGACUCAGACCCACAUCAGUACCGGAGUCUCCGAAGGGAAGCCGAUGUGACACAGGUGAUGGCGGACAUGGCUGGUGUCACCUUGGAGACCGCCGCAGAUUCUCUCGACUGUGGCUUCGCGCUCCGCUUUCGAGUUCCUAUUAAUCGCAACCAGGCUGCGGCCAAAGUCGGGCAGGAAAAAGCUCCACCUCCCGCAGGACGCCCGAAAGCGGCCUCUGCCUCUGCGGCAUUUGACCACAGCCUGAAAAAUGGCCGUCUCGGUGGAGAGCUGCGCAGCCCUGCAGGGGAGAAGGCCCUAGAAGCCUGUGGCGCAGUAGGGUUGGGGUCUCAGAUGAUGGCUGGGGGGAAGGCCAAGGAAGUGACGACUAAAAAGUGCGCCAUCUCAGUGGCAGCGGAAAAGAAGAGAGAAGCGGAGGGGGUGGCAGAGGGAAAGAAGGUGGUACAGAAGGAAAGAAAGGCAGGAGGGGAGAUGAAAGAGGAGAAAGGGGCCAGAGUACCGAAGGUCAAUAACUGCAUGGACUCGCUGGAGGCCAUCGAUCAGGAGCUGUCAAACGUAAACGCCCAGGCUGACCGGGCCUUCCUUCAGCUGGAGCGCAAGUUUGGCCGGAUGCGCAGGCUCCAUAUGCAGCGCAGGAGCUUCAUCAUCCAGAAUAUCCCAGCGUUCUGGGUCACUGCCUUUCGGAACCACCCCCAGCUAUCACCGAUGAUCAGUGGCCAAGAUGAAGAUAUGAUGAAGUACAUGAUCAAUUUGGAGGUGGAGGAGCUGAAACACCCAAGAGCCGGCUGCAAAUUCAAGUUUAUCUUUCAAUGCAACCCCUAUUUCCGAAAUGAGGCGCUCGUCAAGGAAUACGAACGCAGAUCCUCUGGCCGAGUUGUGUGUCUUGCCACUCCAAUCCGAUGGCACCGGGGCCAAGACCCCCAGACCCACGUCCACAGGAACCAGGAUGGAAACACUAUCCACAGCUUCUUCAGCUGGUUCUCAGACAACAACCUCCUAGAAUUCGACAAGAUUGCCGAGAUUAUCAAAGAGGAACUGUGGCCCAAUCCCCUGCAAUACUACCUGAUGGGUGAAGGUGCCCGCAGAGGAAUGCGAGGCCCAGGAAGGCAGCCAGUGGAGAAUCCCAUGUCCUUCAGGUUCCAGUCCGGCUAACUCCUGCCCUUGUGAGAAGCUCCUUAACAAGUUUCCUUACCACCUCCUCUUGGACCUAUGCUUAGCCAACAGCAUGCAAUCUUCUAUCUGCUUUCUCUUCAUACUGGAUUGUUGUUUGGUUUUUCUAAAUCUUCAACAGUCAGUUGCAAGAUUGUCUCUGUGUCUGUGCUCUUCUGCUUCCUGUCAGCCUUCACUGCUUUUCUGCAACAUGUUCCUAGCCCAUGGCCUACCACCACUUUGUGCCAACCACAUGAUGCUGUAGAUAUGCACUGCCUUCCUUUGCAUGGCUUGGACCCUGUCUGUGGCUGUGGUCUUCUCCCGGUUUUUUAUGUGAUUAACUACAAGAAAUGCACAAGGAAGCUUGAUGGUCUUUGCACACAACUAGUUGGACUUCAUGCUUUAUGCUGACUGUGCUCCUGAAACCCAUGCCCUCCUUGGCAAGCUUUUGCAUUUCACCACUGCAAGAUGAAGCUAAUAUGGAUGAUGCCAGCCGUCGACCCAAACUGGACAAUCCAGGCCUCCAUCAACUGAAUUUCAGCUGCCUCCUUUGGCCCAUGCCGUCUACCUUGCUGGUUAUGUGGCAGAACAGGCAGGUGGCUAGUAGGUGGCUGCUAAGCAUGAAUGAGGUGAAGGACAAGAAGCGUUCUCUGUUUUUACAUUGGUUUUUCUGUGCCUCAGUCACCCUUCAUCAUGACCAGCUACUGGUGAGUCUAUGAAGGUCUGUGCUAUGGUCCACCCCUACCUGCUCUCACUUUUCUGGGUGAGCUUUGCCUAGGCCACCACUGUUUGCCUCCGCAGUACUGUCUGUGGACCCAGGCUCCCAGCCAGUACACAGGAAAACAUCUUCUCCACCCCCUCAACCUUAAAUGAUUAUCCAUAAACCCACUCUGCUGUCAGGCAGGUUGUGCAGUCAUAUGUGACAAUGCCCAAAGCAAGGGGGGAAUGGGGUCCCUUCCAGCAGCAGCCAUUCUGAGCCCCAGCCAACGAACCACACUUAGUCAUGGCAACUUUGUUAGGUGCCACCCUCAUCUCCCCUCCUGCACCUACUCUAAACAUGACAAGGGUGCCAGGAAGGAAAGAGUGCCACUGAGAAAGAGGUAUCUCUGGUCUGCGGAGCCCGUUACGCCUAUCUUUCUCUCUCUAAAGAAGCUACAACUCAGAAACAGAAAAUAAAACUGGGAAAGUAGGCCUUUUUUGUAAUUUGCUGUCCUCUUGAUCAUGUCCAGAGGGAGAAAGACAUACUGUAAAAUAGACUUCAGCUCUCUUAGUGCCCUCUUCUGCCCCCAUGCCUCCACCUCAUUUCCUUUAGCAAGGCCUGAAAGUUUCAAAGGGAGACCUAUAGGUUAAUUGCUUAGUUAGGAGCAGUGUUCUUUUAGGCUAACUUUGACAACCUCACCCCUUUUCCUUAUCCGUUAUCCCAAAACCUCCUGAAGGUUUCUUGAGCUUUAGUAUGAGAAACUGGGAGGAAAGAAAGAACAGAAGCAGAGCAGGAUGUGAUUUAAGGCAACUAAAGCUAGCUGUACUACAUUUUUCUAAACAUAGAAAUUCUCUUUUGGGCCUUGGACUACUUAGAGGUAUAAACCCCAAGGCAACAUUUUGUGGGUCACUCCAAGUUCUCUAGGCUAGGAAACGGAAUACAGGCUGAAUGUGCCUGCUUGAGAAUGAGCCUGGAAUUCUGCAGGGCCUGUGGGGGAGGGGAGGCCCCGGGGCUGUUUCCAGGUAGGGAUGGGAGAAUCAAAGGGGUUAGGGUUUUCCUCCAAUAUUCCCUAACUCCUUGCAUUCACCAGUAGAUUUUUGUAAAUAAAAAUGCAAGUCUUGAUAUUUUCUCUCUAUUGUUCUAGGAGUGCCCUUUUAUAUGUUGUAGAUUAGUGAUACAUGUUCCUAAUGUCACUGUUUUUGAGUAAAAUCCUAUUAAUUCCUUUCCCUGUAUUUGCGUACUGGGAAAAUUGAAGUUUACAGACCUUUUUGCUUGUAAUUGAGAACGUUCGCAAAAAUACCGAUUUUGUUUUCCUGUGCAGUAUGAAGACUUGUGUGAAUAUUCACUUAUAUAUCUGCUUGUUCUGGUCUCUGUUUAUCUAUAGAUCUAAUCGUAGAAAUAUAAUUCAAAUAAUGUGAUCCUUGCAGAGUCUGAAGAUUUUGGAAAUUGUUGCUAUGUCUUUUGAACGUAAUCUCAAAAAGAAAAAUAUAAUUGUUGUCUUACCUGAUAAUUUCUUGCCCUACUAGUAAUGUUGUACUUGACAUUUUAUGUUCCUAACCAGUGUAAGUACUUGUAGAAUUGCUGUCAAACUAGAUGAUUGUUAGCAUUGUUGUCUUCUCCUAUGUACUUGAAGGAAAAAUAAAGUCUGUUACUCUGUUACAUUUAUUUUCACCAAAAAAUAAAAGUAAAAAUAAAA